UUAGAGAAGGGAAAGAAGGAUAAAUAUUACAAUACCAAAUUGAAACUUUAUAAAAAAAAAACUCACGCUUCAAUUACAGGGCUAUUGCGGUAAUUGUACACAUAUAGUACCAACAAACCAAAUCUAAUAAUAUGCCAGAUAAAUCGAGUGACAAGGUAAAUGGAUCGGAAGGCAGUACUCCAUACACGGUUGAAAAGUCUAAUACAGAUGCAUCAGGUGUGAAAACUGGAGAGGGAAUCACGGUUCAAGCUGGAUCAAACAAGAAAAAGGCUCGAGUAUUGGGAUCAUUCCCAUGUCCAGAUUGUAGUAAAGUUUUCACUCGUAGUGACCAUCUUUCUCGUCAUUACUUAAACCAUGCACCUAAGGAGGUGUUUGAAUGCGAUGCUGUGAUUGAAGAAUUUGGAGGUGUGGCCCGGAAAUGUGGUCGUACGUUUGUUCGUAAGGAUUUGAAAGAACGUCAUAUGAAACGACAUUCUGAACUAGAUGGAGGUGCCACCAAGAGACAACGUAAUAAUAAUUCACAAACAGUGAAGAUUGUAUCACAAACAGAGAGAAGUAAUAGUAUUUCAUCACAAGCAACUAUCCCUGAAUCACCAUUUUCACAGACUCAAGCCCAUUUACAACCUUCUCAACAGGUUCUUAUACAAAAUUCAGAAGUGCGACCGGGCAACAAUUCCAUUACACCUCAAGCUACUCCUCUGCACAACGAGAAGGACUCACCUCAAAUGGUAAGUCUUGUAUAUACUCAACAAGCCACCGCUGCCACUGGCACACAAAAUGCACAAACCAGUAAUGCACCAUAUUAUUAUCAGAAUUUCAAUAGUAACGCGCCACCUACCCAGAAUGAUAUUUUAUCCUGGCUCUUCACUGACUCACCACCCAACAAUAUGAUGAAUCAAGCUAAUGCUCAACAUGCUGGACAGUCAAUUAAUAAUCAUCGAUUCCCCACUCCACAAGUGAGGAAUGGUGUAAUAUUCGAUGGUCACACUCCACAAAUCCUGCCAGCAGAAACGCCCGUACCAGCCUCCUUAAUGUUUCAAAAUGCAUCUCCUAGACAGUUUACAAAUGGGAACAAUCAGUUACAGCCACAAUCGGGAAAUAGACAAAUCACUCAACCAAUGGUAUCGAAUGCUCCGGCUGUGAACACACAAAAUGUACCACCACUGGUUAUUCCACCACCACAGGGACUAAAUGGAUCUCUUGUACCUCCUGGAUCUGGAUUAAUUGGACCGAAUGAUAACUCCUUGUCUCCAUUCUACAAGUCAUUUUCUACCACUCUGCUCGGUCGAUCAAUGGACCAACAAUUAAUAAACUCAUAUGGAUUUCAAGAUGUUAAUAUUUUUCUGAAUAGUGAUAAUCCAUUGGAUGAAAUAUUCUUGAAGACCUUGCCAGAGAAUGGGAUUAUGUCAAAUUUUUAUUCUACUCAGGGUAAUUCAUAUCUCCCCGACCAGUCAGCAACUGGUAAUGCAAAUUUUACGUUUAAUAUGGUUGGUGGAUCUACAGCUUCAUCUUCAUCACCAACAACAACCACAGACUCCAAUUCUCCUCGACAUUACAAUAACCAUCCAGCACCAAUGAAGAACAUUACAAUUUCCAUGCAAGAAAGAAUCGCAGAUUACGCGAAGAGGCACAAUACCCAGAAAAAUUGUCAAGUCUUUAUAGAUACCCUUGUAUUGGAUGGUUGUCUUGCAGCUAUACCUUCACUUUCACGAGAAAAAAUAGUUCAAAUCUUUGAAGAUGAUGGUGAAACUACUUCUUUCAUUCCAUUAGAAGACCGUCUCUCGUACUAUCUUUCCCUCUAUUGGGCGCUUUUCCAUCCACAAUACUCCUUCAUUCAUAAGCCAACAUUUGAUACGCGCACUUGUGAACCUUUGCUUCUACUUUCCAUGAUAAUCAUGGGGUGUAAUUACUCAGAAUUUCCCGUCACUGUUCCUCAUAAACUUACUCCAGAGUUCAAAUUCAGCUUACAGGUGGCUACUCCAUUGAGGUUUAUGAUAUUCCAACAUGAAGAUUUUAAAACCCCAGUCAAACUUUGGAUCUUGCAAAGUUUAAAUAUUUUGGAGUGGUGUGAGAAGAAUUUUCUCCUGAGAGAUAUGCAUGAAAGAGCACAUAUUCAUCAUGGAACAACGGCACAAUUGCUCAGACGGUCACCCCUAUUAGGAGGUAAUCCUGCGGCCGCAAAGCCAAAGAGAAGGACAAACAGCGGGGGUAACUCAACAAGUGCAGGAGAAGAUGAAUCGGACCCUGGUGAAGUAGUGGAGAAGAAAUCUGUGGAUGACUCUGACUUUGACUUGUAUAUGAGAUGGGUUGAAUCAGAGUCCAUGAAGAGAACAACUUUUAUGACGUUUUACAUGGAUAUAAUCGACUAUAUCAAGUUUAGACACAAUCCACAAAUUUUAUUUUUUCAAUUACAACUCCUUCAUUUACCAUGUGAUGACACAAACCUUUGGGAGUCGACUGAAGUGGUUGGAUCAUUUAAGAAAAUUGUGAAGCGACAAAAGAAACUCCAGCAACAAUAUGGUCCACUAUCAGGAAGCUCGUCACGUUAUACUGGGGUCAAAUUUGGCGAGAGCUUUUUGAGUGCCCUAAAAAAGAUGCUCAGGCCUCACAGUAAUGGAGACCAUGUACCCAAAUCGGGUCUAUCUCCGUUUACAAAAAAGAUUUUAUUUGCUGGAUUGUUAUCAAUCAUGUAUCAAAUGCAACAAACAGAAGUUCAAAAUACUACAUCUCUCCUCACUGGUAGUGAUAAAAUUGGUGGUGGUGUAAUUGGAAAUGGAGCCGCUACAAAGAAUAACAUGCUGUCAUGGAAGGAAAUAUUGACCAAAUCGUUUGAUAAUUGGAAUAUUGAUAUUAAUGAGAAAUGUUCUCUUAAACAACAUAAAAUUGGUAAGACUGCAUUUGAACAUGCAGUCAAUACUACUCAAUGUCAGUUUCCAAUGUAUCAUUUGACUCAAAUUAUCGGAAUCUCUGAUUUAAAUCAAUAUGAUAUUGCCAUCUUUGGUGGAUCUCCUGCCAACAUGAGUGUGGAUGCUACCAUGAAAGAUCAUGUUAUUGUGCAAGCUAAAUUGAACAGUAUGUGGUCAAGGUAUGCGGUACAGAAACGCAAGAAUAUCAGUGAAUUAAUAAAUUUGAAGAGUGUAAUUCAUUCCUACUUGUUGCUAUGGGAGCUUAUGCUUUUACCAGAAAAGGGAGAGGCUGAAACUCCAUCAAAUCCCGAAGAUCUGUACUUGGACUGGACUGCAUCGCGGGACUAUUAUGAUUCUAUGUAUGCUGUUGGAGUAGCAACUCUUACGCUUUGGAGUUUUGCCUUCACUACAUGUGGACUUGAAUCUCAGAAAUUUGAAGAAGGUUUAGAACAAAAUGAAAAUUACGACAAAUUGGUCAAAUUUAGUACUGAAAGCGGCCAUGCAUAUUUGUAUAGAGUGAGAGAAGAAUUUACGAAAUAUCUUCGAAGUGAUGGGUUAGGUGAGGAGUAUAGCAUUCAACCUUUCCAAAUUCAAAAAUCAGGUAAGACUCCUCAUGAAGUACUUGUCAAAUAUACUGCGCUUCUUUCUCGGAUCACGGACAAACAAAAUAUCAGCGGGCUCUGUUUCCUUGUGGGAUCUAAGUUACUCAAGAGUCAAUGGGAGAUCUUACGUGAAAACGCGAAAUUGAUCUUAAAUUGUGGGUUAAGGUCAAUUGGAAAGAAGACUAUUAUUUGCCAAGACUUGUUCUCCAAUGAUUGGGAGUAGAUAAAUAUAUAAUAAACUUAGUAAACUAAUAUUAAAUAAAAGAGCACUUCCAACA